UAUGUUACGAAACUCGGUCGGUUACAGCGAAAAUAUCUUUGACGGCAAGGCCGACCAAAUGUUGAAGGUGUGCGAUUACCUGGAAGAAAAAGGUUUUAUUCCAAAGGAUCUCGUGAAAAACGAAGUUAAAUGGUUUUACGGGAAUCUUGGCAUCGAUGACAUGUACUUUAGCUUAGAAAGCGUCGAAUCCAUUGCCAAUCAUAUAUUGGCAUUAUACGGCGCAAAGAUUUUUGCAUAUACAAAGAAUGAGAACGCCCUAGACAUAAAUCUCGAACGUGAGACCGAAGAUGCUGCUGUGUACGUCCACACCUCGAGACCUGGUGUUUCCGACUUGCAAGGUCCUCAACAUGAGAAAAGAAUUGACACCAAAUACCUGGACAUAAGCACUAGCGCCAAGGCCUACCGUUUGGAAACCUAUCGUUCCUUGGGAACCGUAUCGGAAUCCAUGAACACUCAACUUCGCUGUUAUUUUGUAACCAAGUGUGAUUUCGUUAAGCCUGAUCCAUCCCCUGAGGAAGAAACCGACAUUCGUCUCGUUGGUGACAAAACCUUCUUGGAGAAGGUGACCGAAAACACCUUAGAAAUUUAUCAGAAUGUCAUGGAAACGGUACUUCAAAGAACCGGUCCCGUGAUCGAAAUGUUUGAGGUUGAAGGUAGUCGUGAACGACGUCUUGUGAUUGGUUACAGGCAACGCAGCACGCAGUCUUUUUUCUCCGCAAUGUCCGACCUCUACCACUUUUAUGAUCUCUAUUCUACCCGAAAAUAUGUUGAACAAUUUUCCAAUGGUGUUACCGUCAUGAGUCUUUACCUCAAUCCUUUACCUAAUUCCAAGUCCGCUCCGAUCGAACACACUAUUCAUCAAGUUAUCAAAGAAGCCUCCCUCAUCUAUUGUUUGCCAACCACCCCGCUGCAGUCAUUUUUCAAAACCGGCAAAUUAUCAGUUCAAGAAGCAAUCUAUGGCUACGUGGGUUGGAUCUUUGCUCAACACUUCCUUAAUCGUCUCGGUAAUGAAUAUGCCAGUCUUGCAAAUGCAAUGAAUCAAAAUGAUCCGGUGCAUGCCGAGGUUUUAAACAAGAUCAAGAAGCGCUUGCGUUCAGAUACGUUCACUCGUGAAUACAUUCUGGACAUCAUCAAUCUGUAUCCUGAUUUGAUCCAUUUGCUUUACAUCAACUUUGCAUUGGUGCAUUACAUUAAUCCGCGCACUGCUGCUCUCGAGCCAACACUGUCGUAUCAACGUAUACAAACUGAUGUCGUCCUCAGCGACGAUGAACUCCUGGAAAAAAUCAAGAAGACUACUUCUAACCAACACGAAUUCAUGGUGUUUGAAUCAUUCCUGAUUUUCAACAAGCAUGUCCUGAAAACAAACUUUUAUCAGCCAACCAAGGUUGCGCUAUCAUUCAGGCUUGAUCCCUCUUUCUUACCCGCGAUCGAAUACCCCUCAAAAUUGUUUGGCAUGUUCCUUGUCAUCGGUUCGGAGUUUCGAGGUUUCCAUCUAAGGUUCCGUGACGUGGCUCGUGGUGGUAUUCGUAUAAUUCGAUCCAGGAACAAGGAGGCCUACAGUAUCAACCUGAGAACUCUCUUUGAUGAAAACUAUGCCUUGGCUGCUACCCAGCAACGGAAAAACAAGGAUAUCCCCGAAGGUGGCUCCAAAGGUACCAUCCUUCUGGAUAUCACCCAACAAGAUAAAGAUCGUGUGUCCUUUGAGAAAUACGUCGAUUCCAUACUUGAUCUCUUGGUCCCAGGCCACACACCCGGAAUCAAAGAGCAAAUUGUUGACCUGUACCGAAAACCCGAAAUCUUGUUCUUUGGCCCUGACGAAGGAACCGCCACCUUUGUGGAUUGGGCGAGUGCUCACGCUCGAGUUCGGGGUGCUCCCUUCUGGAAAGCUUUUACUACCGGCAAGAGUCAAUCCAUGGGAGGAAUACCUCAUGAUCUUUACGGAAUGACCACACGAUCCGUACAUCAGUACGUGCUUGGUAUUUUUAGGAAACGAGGUCUCAAGGAAGAAAAAAUCACCAAAUUUCAAACGGGUGGACCAGACGGUGAUCUGGGUAGUAAUGAAAUUAAGAUUUCGAAGGAUCGUACAGUCGCUAUCAUUGAUGGUAGUGGUGUGUUGUGCGACCCCGAGGGUAUUGAUCGUACGGAACUAAAGAGAUUAGCCAAUGCUCGGCUGAUGAUUUCCCACUUUGACGACAGCAAGUUGACAGCCCAGGGCUUUAGAGUGUUGAUAGAUCAGCAAAAUAUCAAAUUACCGAAUGGUCACGUUGUUGAAGAUGGAUUGGUGUUCCGUAAUAACUUCCACGUUUCGAAUAUUGUUUCCGCCGAUCUCUUUGUUCCCUGUGGUGGUAGACCGGAGGCUGUUGACCUCAAUAAUGUGAAUGCGUUAUUGGACUUGAACGGUAAACCGAGAUUUAAGUAUAUUGUCGAAGGUGCAAACUUGUUCUUUACGCAAGAAGCUCGUAUUCGACUGGAGCAAGCUGGUGCUAUAAUUUUCAAGGACGCCUCAGCCAACAAGGGUGGUGUCACAUCCUCCUCCUUGGAAGUAUUGGCUGCUCUUGCUCUGACCGACGAAGAAUUCGCGAAAAAUAUGAUGGUCAAGGAUGGAGUGAUUCCUCAAUUCUACCAGGACUACAUCAAAGAAGUACACCGCGUCAUUGAGAAGAACGCUGAACUGGAAUUUGAAUGUAUAUGGCGAGAACAUCGAAGAACGAACAAGCCGCGUUCCAUAAUUUCGGACGAACUCAGUCUUGCAAUUAUUGAUCUAAACGAAAACCUGCAACAAUCUACUCUAUGGCAAAACAUUUCUUUACGAAAGGCGGUAUUAAGGGACGCGUUCCCACAAUUGCUACUAGACAGAUUAGGAUUAGACACUUUACUAGAACGAAUACCCGAACCAUAUGUUCGUGCGAUCUUCGGAUCAUAUUUGGCUAGUCGAUUCGUGUAUAAAUACGGUACACAACCAUCACAAUUCUCCUUCUUCGAAUUCAUGAACCCAUUCUUCUCCAAGAUUGCCGAACACUACGAAUGA